GACUCGUGUCACUUCCGGUUGAUGACGCAGUUCCGCUUUGCUGGGCGCGCGGUGGAUAGUCUGAGAGGAGAGCUGGGCUUUCACUGAACCUUCCGACUAUAGCCCAGCAUGUCUUCUUCCCGAGCCUCCUCCACGGCAGCCAAAACUAAGGCACCUGAUGACUUAGUUGCUCCUGUUGUAAAGAAACCUCACAUCUAUUAUGGAAGUCUGGAAGAGAAGGAGAGGGAGCGUCUGGCUAAAGGAGAGUCUGGAAUUUUGGGGAAAGAAGGACUUAAAGCAGGAAUUGAAGCAGGAAAUAUUAACAUCGCCUCUGGAGAAGUGUUUGAAAUUGAAGAGCACAUCAGUGAGCGACAGGCUGAAGUAUUAGCUGAGUUUGAGAGACGGAAGCGAGCCCGGCAAAUUAAUGUUUCCACGGAUGACUCAGAAGUCAAGGCUUGUCUUAGAGCCUUGGGGGAACCCAUCACACUUUUUGGUGAGGGUCCUGCUGAAAGAAGAGAAAGAUUAAGGAACAUCCUCUCAGUAGUUGGUACUGAUGCCUUAAAAAAAACCAAAAAGGAUGAUGAGAAAUCCAAGAAGUCUAAAGAAGAGUAUCAACAGACCUGGUACCAUGAAGGCCCAAACAGUCUGAAAGUUGCUAGACUGUGGAUUGCUAAUUACUCACUGCCCAGGGCCAUGAAACGCUUAGAAGAAGCCCGUCUUCAUAAAGAGAUUCCUGAGACAACUAGGACCUCGCAGAUACAAGAGCUGCACAAAUCACUUCGGUCUUUGAAUAAUUUCUGCAGUCAAAUUGGAGAUGACCGACCUAUCUCCUACUGUCAUUUUAGUCCCAAUUCCAAAGUGCUCGCCACAGCCUGUUGGAGUGGGCUUUGCAAGCUCUGGUCUGUUCCUGAUUGCAACCUCCUUCACACUCUUAGAGGUCAUAACACAAAUGUAGGAGCAAUUGUAUUUCAUCCCAAAUCCACUGUCUCCUUGGAUCAAAAAGAUGUCAACCUGGCCUCUUGUGCUGCUGAUGGUUCUGUGAAGCUUUGGAGCCUUGACAGUGAUGAGCCAGUAGCAGAUAUUGAAGGUCAUACAGUGCGUGUGGCACGAGUAAUGUGGCAUCCUUCAGGGCGUUUCUUGGGCACUACCUGUUAUGACCGUUCAUGGCGAUUAUGGGAUUUGGAAGCACAAGAGGAGAUACUACAUCAAGAAGGCCACAGCAUGGGUGUCUAUGAUAUAGCCUUCCACCAAGAUGGCUCUUUGGCUGGUACUGGAGGAUUGGAUGCAUUUGGUCGAGUUUGGGACCUGCGCACAGGACGUUGCAUCAUGUUCCUAGAAGGACACCUGAAAGAAAUCUAUGGAAUAAGCUUCUCCCCCAAUGGUUACCAUAUUGCAACUGGUAGUGGUGACAAUACCUGUAAAGUGUGGGACCUUCGACAGCGACGUUGUGUCUAUACCAUCCCUGCCCAUCAAAAUUUAGUGACUGGUGUCAAGUUUGAGCCUAUCCAUGGGAACUUCUUGCUCACUGGUGCAUAUGAUAACACAGCCAAGAUCUGGACCCACCCAGGCUGGUCCCCACUGAAGACUCUGGCUGGCCAUGAAGGCAAAGUGAUGGGCCUUGAUAUUUCUUCUGAUGGUCAACUUAUAGCCACUUGUUCAUAUGACAGGACCUUCAAGCUCUGGAUGGCUGAGUAGGCAGGACCAUGGAAAAGGACUCUAAAUUCCAGCUCACCCUUAAGAGCCAUUUUCAAAAGAAUGGAAUUGAAAUGUUUUGUUCUAUCAUGGUGUUGCUUUCUUUUUAUUUUUUCCAAUUACAGACCAUUUGUAGAAUUGGAUUUUCAUGUCAGCCCCCACUCCAGGCAGGCAGCUCUGUUCCUGGAUGUUGGUGAACUUUUUUCAUGGUUGAAGUUUUAAUUUUCAUCUUCAAACCCCACCACGAACUGUGCAGACUUUGUUUUUUGUUUAAGUGCCCUGUUGCCUCCCUCAAGCACUCAGGACUGUGACUGACUCCAUUGUAAUCCUUGAAGCUUGGCUUUCCAUUAUGGUAUAUAUCCUGAACUAUAUGUGAGCCACAGAGCAAGGCAGCUGGACUAUGAUUUGGAAGCCUUCAAACCUCAACACAUGCUGGUUAAACAACUCCUGGCCUAAGAAUCAUCUCUAUACUUUGAGAAUAGAUGUUACCGAAGCAGACUCAGCUGUGCGUAGAGUUAUACAAUAAAAAAGAGCAUAUCUCUUCCUGUUGAGUUUGCUUGGAAUGCUAAUAACUGCAUCAGGAAGUGCAGAAUUGAUCAUCCGCCUUGUCAGAAAAUGUUUUCCAUUUUGCUUUUAAGUUUGACAUCUUUUAUGUUAGCCUAAAGCUAGGCCAUUGUGUGAAGAGCCAAUGAAAUUUUUAGAAAGCAAACAUGAAGUCACUAUUGAAUAGCCUUUCUGCUGGCUACUUAAAUGAUGUACCUUUUAUAUUAAAGUAAUCCAAAAAAAAAAAAAAAUCCCUAAUGGAUAUUCCUAGACAAACUUUUUUCUCCCUUUCAUUACAUGCUUUCUGAAGACCAAAAUCCUGUUAUAAAAUUAUCCUUAAAAGUUGUGUGUAUGUAUUUUGAGCUCAAAUGAUAGCUCACUGUGUAGGACCCAUGUGUACAGCUAUAGCUUUGAUUCCCAGCAUCAUAUGAAAAUACCACAGAAGGGGCUGGGUGGUAGCACACCUGGUUGGGUGCACAUGUUACAGUGCACAAGGACCCAGUUUCAAGUCCCCCGUCCCCACCUGCAAGGGGAAAGCUUCACGAGUGCUAAAGCAGAGCUGCACGUGUUUCUCUCUCCCUCUCUCUCUCUCUCUCUCUCUCUCUCUGUUACCACCUUCCUUUUCCAUUUCUGGCUGUCUCUAUCUAAUAAAGAUUAAAGAGAAAAAAAAAGAAAUAAAAUACCACAGAGUAAAAGGGGUUGGAGGAAGUAAGUGGUGGCAUGCCUAGUUAGGUGCACACAUUACAGUGCUUAAAGGAUGCAUGUUCAAGCCCCUGGUCCCCACCUGCAUGAAGCAGUGCUGCAGGUGUCUGUGUUUAUCUCUACCUCCACUCUCAAUUUCUGUCUUUCCAGUAAUAAAUAAAAAUAGUUUUAAAAUAAGGAAAGAAAUGAAAAUAGCACAGAGGCACCAGGGGGACACUCUGAUGCUAUGGUAUUUUUCUGUCUCUGUCUAAGUGAAUGAAUUGGGUGGUGAAAUAGUGCGUUCACAAGGCACCAGCUCUAGAACAAAAUGUUUUUGGAAUAUAGUUGAACAUAUUCUGAAUCUGAGCCAUUGACAUUUAGAGCUUAUUUGGGGGGAUUGAGAUGUAAUAAAUGAUCUCAGCCCGGGUGGUGGUGCACCUGGUUAAGUGCUCACAUAGUGCACAAGGACCCAGGUUCAAGCCCCUGCAGGGGACAAGCUUUACAAGUGGGAAAACACUGCUGCAGGUGUCUCUUUGUCUCUCUCUUCUCCCCUCCCCUCUCAAUUUCUGAUUCUUUUUUUUAAAUAUUUUUCUCUUUUGUUGCCCUUAUUUUUUAUUGUUGUAGUUAUUAUUGUUGUUGAUGAUGAUGUCGUCAUUGUUAGAUAGGACAGAGAGAAAUAGAGGAGGGGAAGACAGAGAAGGGGAAAGAAAGACACCUGCAGACCUACUUCACCACCUGUGAAGUAGCUCCCCUGCAGGUGGGGAGCCGAGGGCUGGAACCAGGAUCCUUACAUCAGUCCUUGCACUUUGCGCCACAUGCGCUUAGCUCACUGUGCUACUGUCCGACUCCCCUCAAUUUCUGUUUCUAUCCAAUAAUAAAUAAAUAAAUACAAUGAUCUCAAAAA